AGAUGUGAAUUAGUCAUCAUGUUUUGCAGGCUCCUGAGUUCUGAAUCCUGCCUAAAACCCACAAAGAUGAUAUAUCUGCCAGUGUUAUCCAUGACCUCAGAUUUACAGCAUUACAGUUUCAGGAUGCCGAAUAUCGGGUUCCAAAACCUUCCUCUCAAUAUCUACAUUGUCGUCUUUGGGACGGCUAUAUUCGUCUUCAUCCUCAGCUUACUCUUCUGCUGCUACCUAAUUCGGUUACGGCACCAGGCACACAAAGAGCUCUAUGCAUACAAACAGGUUAUUCAAAAGGAAAAGGUGAAAGAACUAAACUUACAUGAGAUUUGUGCGGUGUGUUUGGAAGAAUUUAAGCAGAAAGAUGAGCUGGGAAUCUGCCCGUGUAAACAUGCCUUUCACAGAAAGUGCCUUAUUAAAUGGCUGGAGGUGAGAAAGGUUUGCCCGCUGUGCAACAUGCCCGUCUUACAGCUGGCGCAGCAGCAGAGUAUGUCUGAACCCAUUGCCCCAACACAGCAGCCUCUGCCUGGGGUGGAGAACCUGGUCUAGAACCUUCUACAAAUGUGACUGCCACUACUUUCACACUCCCUCCUGUACAGGUACACGCUCAUAUCCAAGGACAGACUGCAGGAUUGGCCCACGGUGACCUGUUACCUGCACAUCCUCAAGUCCUGCAUUGGUGGCUUUAUAAAGGAUUAUUUCCAAAUUACAAUAAUAGAUGAUUUACUCAAUCUGUCUUUUUUGGGUUUAGCUUUUUUUUUUCCCCUGUGGGAUAAUGAAGAAGAGUUUAAGUAACCGUUCCACGCCAAAGCACUUUUGUUGAGGAUACCAGUGAGAGGCAAAAAAGGACUAAAAACAGCAUUAAACACAUUAAGAUAAUCUUCAGUUUUCUUUCAACAAACGUUUUUUUAAACAAGCACUUUACAAAAACUCAAACCUAGUUGCUUGUGAUAGCAGCAAGAUCUUGUUUUACAUUUUAUGAUUUUUUUUUUUAAGUUGAUGUUCGCAGAGCCACAGAGCAAAGUACUAUUGGUUUUAUUUCGAUUAGAGAGGGUUAUACUGUAUAUUAAAGGGACAGCAGCUCUCCAAUGUGUGUAUGUUUGUUUGUUUGAUUGUUUGUACAUUGAUGGUCUGUAGAAUGGCUGUAUCUGUAGAUAUGGCUCACUGCGCCCUGUCGUUGAUGGCCAAAACAAAUGUGAAUGCAGAGUUUGUCUUAUUAGGGUCAUGAUCUGACCCAGCAGUAUUUGAUCAGUGUUCUGUGGAUGUCUUUAUAUUGGAAACGCUUUUUUAACUGAGGGCUGUGUUAAAUACACAUUCACACACACACGCGCGCGCGCACACGACGACUGCUUUGAGUUUAAGGCUGUUUUGAUAAGAAUCUCAAACUUACCAAAAAAAGGUAAAGAGAAAACACAUGGUCUGAUACACAAACUUUUCUAGAUAUUUGAUAUAAUUCAUAUUUUCCCAACCAAUAUACAGUUGAAGUCAGAAUUAUUAGCCCCCUUUUGAAGAUUAGGCCCUAACCGGCCUAAUUAACCUAGUUAAGCCCUUAAAUGUCACUUUAAGCUGUGUAGAAGUGUCUUGAAAAAUAUCUAAUAAAAUAUUAUUUAAUGUCAUCAUGGCUAAGAUAAAAUAAAUCAGUUAUUAG